CACAACAAAUACCAUGGCAACCCUCGAACGCGUCUUCAUCGCCGCUGUCCUCGCCCCAGCGAUCGGUCUCGGUUUCUUUCCAAAGCUGACAUGCGAUGGCUUCGGUGUUCCUAAUGCAACAGGCGCGACACUGCACUUCUCGCGUUUGAUGGGCGUCCGUGGCAUCAUCUUUGGUCUUGCGAUUAUUUUUGCACCGCGAAAUAGUGCUGAGCGACAGAUGGCUAUCAAAAUGGCUGCAUUGUCAGAAGCCUUGGAUGUUGUUGUUGGUGCAAUCAGUUACAUGCAGGGUGAUAUGGCUGGCGGGCCUGCACUGCAGUCAGCUGUUGCUGCUGGCAUUGUUGCGUUGCUUGGAUACUUUUCGCUCUAGCAAGGGGCAGGAUGGCCUCGAGCAUAUAGCUGUUUAUGAUCCUAAUAUACCUUACUAACACUUCUACGAUCACGGAAACGCACAGAUGCCUCUGCAAGUCAAGCUUAAACUGUCUUCUAUUUCCCGAGAUAACGGCCCCGCAG